CAACAACAGCAGCUGAUCUGUGUUUAACACGAGGGCGAGAGAGGUCUUUUUUUUUAAGGCUACAGUAAAAAAAAAAAAACAACGUUGUAGCAUGGAUAAGAAACUGGACCUAUCCCGACUCACAGAUGAGGAGGCCAAGCAUGUGUGGGCGGUGAUCCAGAGAGACUUAGAACUUAGGAAGAAAGAGGAGACGAGACUCGGGGGGUUAAGGACAAUAAUUGAGAAAGAGGCCACAAAGCGAGAGCUCCUGACCUCUCAGUCCAACCUCACUGAUUCCCACUGCAUUCGCUGCCUGCAGCCCUUCAAGUUCCUGGUGAACAGCAAACGGCAAUGUCUGGACUGCUGUCUCUACACCUGCAAGACUUGCAGCCGCUACAGUACAAAGGAGCAUGGAUGGGUGUGCGAUCCAUGCCGAAUGUCCCGGAUCCUAAAAAUUGGAACCCUGGGCUGGUAUCAUGACAACAUACACUCUCGCUUCAAGCGUUUCGGCAGCGCCAAAGUGAUGAGGUCCCUUUACAAGAGAUUAAACGAAGAGGGUCGCCGUGACGAUGAUGUGCAAUCCAUGCCUGACGUCCACAAUGUAUACAAUGGACAUGAUGAUGAGCAUAUGGAUGCAAUGGAAGCCCAGCGUUAUAAACAGAUACGAAAGACAAAACGUUUACUCUCUGUCCACCCUAUGGACCUGGAAAUAGAUGACUAUGGCAGCCAUUCCCGCCGACAUUCUGUGCAGUAUGUACAAGAUGAACGUGGAAUGCUGAGGAAUGAUUUGGAAUACAACGCUGACCAUCACCAUCAUCACCGCAUGAAUCGGAGGAAGAGUCUGGACCGUUUCUCACGACCAGAUGAUGGCUUGUACUCUGAGCACAGGAUGGCCCGUGCUCGCUCUCUAUCCAAGAUCCCUGCCUUACCACAGCGCUCUUACUACCUGGACACCUCAGAAGAAGAGGAGGCUUAUUGUUUCCCAGUCUAUCAACUCCCAUCACGCCGUCGGAGCCGGGCCUCCUCUCAGGAAAACAUCACUCACAGCACUCCUCCAAUCAAUGAACUGAACAAGAGAAUGUUUGCCAUUGAGAGUCUCCUGAAUCGACUGGAGGUGAAGAUAGCUUUGCCUAAUGAUCAGCAGGCGCAAGUCUCAGCAAGCCAGCUGGAGGAGGAGAAGCUGAAAAAGAAGUUGGAUGAGCUGAUGAGUGACAGAGCACUGUCUUCAGAAGAGGAUGAACCUAAGAAACCCACUCAAUUCAAGGGGUCUGGUGUGAAAGGUGUCCAACACACUGAACAAGCAUCAACAAGACAGGAAGCAGCCUUGAGCUCGUCUAGUGAUGAGAUGCCUACUGAGACUCAGAAGAGAUCCACCGCUGCGGCUCUGUGCGACAUCACAACCGAGGUUCUAAGAACUAUUAAUGCCACAGAAAAUGCUAUGAGUGAGUUGGCCCCCUCAAACCCUAAUGACAGACCUCAGUUAGAGGUCACAGACGUAAAGCAAGCUGAUGCUGCUUACAGGGAGCUUGAGAAAAAUGUAUAUCUGACAGCCGGGAAAUCAUUUGACAUGGAGAGGAAGUUGAGGCAGAUUGAACGGAGUGCUAUGAACCAAUAUACAGGCCCUCUCACUGACUCUGAACUCUCUGAGCUGGAGGAUCAGCUUUCAGCAGCUGCUGCUAAAGUGCACAACACAGAGAGCGAGGUGUCAGACAUCGAGAAUAAAAUUGCUGUUCUUAAUGCGUCAGGAUUAUCAAUAGAUAAAGCCAAGAAAAAGGCAUCAAGCAUGCAAAAAAGAAGAAAGUCCCAAGACAUCCCUAUAAAUAGAGUACAUUUUUGAACCUGAACAUGAAGGAAACGCUGAUUUAACAAUAAUUUUCUACAGCUUUAAUUCACACUACUGAUUUAACAACAUUGCUUUACUUUGUUCUGUUGUUCUACUUUUCUUUAUACCCAGAGGACGUAUUGUAAUCUAGCACAAGGACCUUUUUCCUGUCCUUUCCACACAUUUGCUGUGACAUAUAAAAAUACAUGAGACAUGCUUUUAUAAAUCUUUCCUCUAGCUAUGACUUAUCACUUAUGAACUGUCAUGAAUGCUUAAAUGUUUCUUUUUUUGGAGUAAAAGAAACAUAUAAACAAAUUCCCAUGAAACCCUUUUU